CAGCUGAACUUCACAAGUCAAUAUAAGUCCAUUUUCAUGUGAUAUUUACCUAAUUUUUCAGUCUGGAUCGGUGUUUCCCUGGCAGGUGUGGAGAUGAUUCCUGUGAAUGAGAUCCGGAGCAUCACGUCGGAGCAGAACCCUCAUCUCCGGGUCCUGAAGCCCUGGUGGGACGUCCUGUCGGAGUAUCUGGGCGUCACCAUGCUGAUGAUCGGGGUGUUCGGCUGCACGCUUCAGCUGACCCAAGACAAGAUAUCUUGUCUGCCGAACCGAUUCCCGGAUCUCUCCGGCGGAGAGCGAGACUGCAGUCACCUGCGGCAGGAGAACCAGAGUCUGUGGGAGUUCUCCAUCACCAAACACCUCGGUCCGGACGUCGUGGAGGUGUUCGGCCGGAAGAACGGUCUGGAUAUCCACCAGUACGAGUUCGUCAACCACUUCUGCUACGAACGGGCCGUGCACUGGUACGGAAAGUACUUCCCUUACCUAGUGGUCAUCCACAGCAUGAUCUUCAUGGUGGCCAGCAGCUUCUGGUUCAAGUUCCCAGGAACGUCGUCUAAGAUCGAGCUGUUUGUGACCAUACUGAGGAAGUGCUUCGACUCUCCCUGGACCACGAGAGCCAUCAGCGAAGUCUAUGAAGAACGACGAGAGGAGAGGAUGGUCGUGUGGAGGAAGAACACAAUGACCAAAUCAGCCGCAGACAACAACGACGACAUGGUGUCUCUGAUCCGAUCUUCCAUAAAGUCCGGCUCGGAGCAGAAAUCAGCAGAACCGCAGCCGACCGCGUCGCUCUUGGAUAAGAAGGAAGGUGAGCAGGCCAAGGCCCUGUUUGAGAAAGUCCGUAAGUUUCGGACACACGUGGAGGCGGCGGAUCUGCUUUACUUCAUGUACGUGCUGCAGACGGCGCUGAAGGUCUUCAAAUUCGCUCUGAUCACAGUUUACAGCGUGGCACUGGUCCCUAACAUCCAGAUCGUGGUGAUGUGCUCGGUGCCUCCAGAUCUGACGGGGUUCAGUGUGUUCUGCUGUAACUACAAUAAAGCACACCUGUUCUCUAAAUUAGCCUACUGCUACAUCUGCUUCGUGGGAGUGUACGGACUGCUGUGUGUUUAUUCACUUUACUGGCUGUUUCACCGACCGCUGAAAGAGUAUUCCUUUGAGGCAGUGCGCUUGGAGACGGGAAUAAACGACAUCCCGGAUGUUAAAAAUGACUUUGCAUUUCUGCUGCACCUCAGUGAUCAGUAUGACGCCCUGUACUCCAAACGCUUCGCCGUCUUCCUCUCGGAGGUCAGUGAAUGUCGCUUACGGCAGCUCAACCUCAACCUGGAGUGGACGGCCGAUAAACUCCGCGCUCGUCUGUCACGCAACGCCUCCGAGAGGCUGGAGCUCGCUCUGUUCCUGCUCCCAGGGUUACCCGACACUGUCUUUGAGAUCUCCGAGGUCCAGUCGCUCAAACUGGAGCUGAUCAGUAACGUGACGAUCCCAGGAACCGUAUCACAGCUUCCAGCCUUACAGGAGAUGGUGUUGAUCCACAGUCCGGCCAAGCUCCAGCUGGAGGCCCUCAGUCAUCUGCGUGAGAACCUGAAGGUUCUGCGGUUGGGCUUCGAGGGCCCGGAGCAGGUUCCGCUGUGGAUGUACAGCUUACAGAGUCUGGAGGAGCUUCACCUGAGCGGCGCUCUGAGCAGUGAGUUCUCCCGCGGUCCGGCGCUGGACUCUUUACGUGAGCUGAAGAACCUGCGCCUGCUGACCUUACGCUGCAAGCUGACCAAGAUCCCGCCCAGUGUUGUGGAUGUUUGCGGUCAGCUCCUGCGACUGUGCGUUCACAACGAGGGAACCAGACUCCAGGUCUACAACAGUCUGAAGAAGCUGGUGAACCUGAGCGCUCUGGAGCUGACGGGCUGCGGUCUGGAGCGGAUCCCCAGCGCCGUCUUCAGUCUGUCCCUCCUGCAGGAGCUGGACCUUCGAGAGAACCGCCUCACCACCGUGGAAGAGAUCUUGAGUCUGCAGCACUGUCGUCGUCUGACCGUCCUCAAGCUCUGGCACAACCACAUCUCCUACAUCCCCGAGCACAUCAGCAAGCUCCGCGCCCUGGAGACACUGGACCUCAGCUGGAACAAGAUCCGCAGUCUUCCGCCGCGCCUCUGUUACUGCACCAAACUCCGACACCUGGACCUUUCCCACAACCAGCUGGCGUCUCUGCCCUCGGAGAUCGGCAUCCUUCAGAGUCUGCAGUUCCUCUCGCUGGCCUUUAACUCUCUGGAGAGUCUCCCCGAGGAGCUGUUCUCCUGUAAGAGGCUGAAGGUGCUGGCGCUGGGGAAUAACAGCAUCUCCUCGCUGUCUCCUCGGGUCGGGAAUCUGGCUCAGCUGCUUCGGCUGGAGCUGAAGGGAAACCGUCUGGAGUCUCUGCCUGUGGAGAUCGCCGACUGUGUCUCGCUCAAACUGACCGCUGUGAUCGUGGAGGACAGUCUGAUGGACCUUCUGCCUCCAGACGUGAAGGACAGGAUGAAGCACAGAUAAUCACAGCACUAGAGCAUUCACACUUUUUUAAAAUAACUUUUACACUUUUCUAAAUAGACUGUCCUGUGAUUUAUGUGAUGACAUUAGCUAUAUGUAAUGCACAGUUUGUAGUAUUGCAUUAGAAACGAGUGAUGG